AUGCUGCUCAAUCCAUCACAUAAAGUGACAUUCAGUGGUUUACCUCCAGACGUGCUCGAUGCAUACGUUCGGUACAAGAAGGGAACGAGAGCUCUCGUCGCCUGGUUCGUUCGGUAUAGCUCUACUCCGAACAGACGUGUCAAGAGUUUGCCAAUCAAGGAAUUGGCUACAUUGGCCCAAACAGUCGCAAAUAGCACUAAAUCUCUACCCGACAUAAUUCACUUCCAUUUUCGAGAAACGAUCGCGGCAAGGAAGAGGCUCAGCAAGCAUUUUCGUGGUCACGUUGACGAUGGUGACGAGGAUGUAGAUACGAUCAAUCAUGAACACUUCACAAGCAGGUCAUUCAGUUCUCCGUCAUAUGGAAUGAUCAUUGCUGAUAGUUUCAAAAGUCUUGCUCAGAUCUACGCCGAUCUCUGUGUUUGCUGUGGCAAAUCGAAUCAUCAGAUCAAAUCGAACAAAGUGUCUCGAAAAUCGGCCCUCUCCACAAACGGACUUGUAAAUCACUACAAUAAUCUAGUUGUUGAGGAUGUCGAAGAUUGCGACACGGAAGAGAGGCUCCUGCCAUCAGAAUGUGCCGAAUGUUCUAUCAGUGCACCACCACCGUGUGACAAUAUCUUGGAAAUCAGUUUUGCGGAAGAUCAAUUGGGUGCAGCGCUUGAGAUCACUGCCGCCGUACAGCGAGCCCAAGAGAUAUCCAAUUCAGCUGAAGAAUGCUGGAAACUUGCCGGUGAAGGUCAAAUCUCGCCGGUGACUGCUGCGUUCAUAAACAACGUGGCGUUCGCUCAAGUUCGUCGAGUUGGGGUAGAGUUGUUAGAAUAUGAUGAAAAAUUGACAGUGAAGGGAUUGCAUAGAAUAUGUUGUUCAUUCGAUCGUCAGAAUGGCCAGACCCCGAAACAUUCGUUACUAAACCAGUUGCAGGAAACGGAGCGGGUUCUAGAUCAUUACAAAGAUGGUCAUCAAAUUUCUCGAGUUCGAUCUUGUCCAUCGUGUGUUCAGAAGCCAACCGACUAUCUUCAAGCUCCAGAAGUUGAAGAGGGCAAGAGUCCCUCCCACUUUGUGACUGCCAUUGUCGAUAAUAUCAUCCAUCUAGUCACGGAGAGGGUCGCUCCGACCAGUAUUGUUCGGAACGGCACUCCAGUGUAUGCUGAUGUCGGAUAUCUCAUAACCCACAGUAACGACAACAAUCAAACAUGGUCGCCCGUCCUUGGACUGCAUUUACUCAGUCAAGGGUAUAAGACCUACAUGCAUGCGAUUCCGCAGCCAAACUUGGUCUCAAGCUGCCGAAUCAAUGCUCUCCGACUCGCCCAACAAGCACACUCUCAAGUCCUCACAAUCCUAGAUGACAAGGACUGCUUCCCAUGUCGUUGCACACAAACUCUCGCGUACCAUUUGCAGAAUCUGUGCGAUGAUGUACAAAACUUCGCGAAGCACAAACGUUGGGAUCUAUACUUCCAAUCGCCGUGGGUGGCGGGCAAUCACAUUCUGGAAAUCCUUGACCUCUGUCACUACUACGGGAUGCGACUAUUCAGCUAUCGCCAUUACGUUGGUGCGGUUCUACAUUCUUACAACGUUCUGAAAACCCUUGCGGGGUUGGAGCCAAUUCCCAUCCUGGAAAGUAUUUCUGACCAAUUCCGGGACGUCUUUUUCCCUGGAGGCAAUUGCCCGAAAAGCAGCUUUCGUGCAUGCUGGGGUAGAUAUGUCGGAGCACGAGUAAAGUUCAAGAAGGGUCACAGAAGUAGGAAUAGUAGGGACAGUUGGUGCAUGGCUGUACCUGCACAUGCGGCUCGACGUGCAGCCGGUCUUGGACCAAAGGAUGAUAUUCAUCAACUGAAGGCCGCGGGUCUGGUGUUCAAGAUCAAACAACAGGACUAUCACGUUGAUGAUGACGACUGGCAACUUGUGGCCAAGUUAUUGAAUCCUAGACAAAUCCAGGAUACCAAGAGUCAAACACGACGUUCUUCCUCGGUGGUAGAACUAUCAACUCGUCAAGGACAACUACUCGACCUAGCUCAAGCGAUCGAGCGAUCAUUCACACAGACCGAAACCGAGCCCGAGUUCGAGUCCACUUCCGAGCCUGAAGGCCAGUCUACUCUUCUACCUCUGGCACGCCUAAAUCUCCUCGCAAUUUUCCAAAGCUGCGUGCGCGUCGUGAGCACACUAUCCGAGGAGACACAUACAGGUGUGGACGAAAAAGGCAUCAAUUGCAUCUGCUUCGCUAGCGCGAUCCUGACGGGUGCAGAUCGGAUCGUCGACGGGAGACGACUGGGGCGGGCGGAAGCAUGGAAAAAAGACGAGAGGGAGUGUAUUGCUCAGGCAAGCAAGGCGAUCAAAGAUGUCUUUGGGAAAGUCAAUGACGAUGGCGGGGUGGGUCGAUGGCUGUGGGAAUUCUAA